UGCUGUUUGUUUUCGUUGCGUUGCUAAUCAUUUUGCAAUUGGUUUGAAGUUCAAAGGUUUGAAUCGCAUCAGAUUUUGAAAAUGAAAGUGCAGGACCUGGAGAAAUGUUCUCCCAGUAGCGACUGGAACGUCCUUUACUGGGUGCUGGGUACGAUCCUGAUGCCGGUAGCCCUCCCAUUGGCCAUCUUCAAUAUUUGGCAAAGGUUCAGGGCCCAAAAAUACCGUAAUCAAUUGCCCGGCAAGGUUGUGCUAAUUACAGGCGCUAGUUCAGGUUUAGGCGAAUCCCUGGCUCAUGUUUUCUACCGUGCUGGAUGCAAGGUCAUUUUGGCGGCACGUCGAACUCAGGAGUUGGAACGGGUAAAGAAGGAUCUACUCGCACUAGAUUUGGAUCCUGCUUAUCCACCGACCGUUCUGGCUCUCGAUCUGGCAGAAUUGAAUACCAUUCCAGAGUUUGUUACCCGCGUAUUGGCAGUAUAUAAUCAAGUUGAUAUACUCAUAAACAAUGGAGGUAUCAGUGUGCGAGCGGAUGUGGCAUCCACAGCAGUGGAUGUGGAUCUCAAGGUGAUGGUGGUCAACUACUUCGGCAGCGUAGCCCUAACUAAAGCGCUGAUUCCGUCUAUGGUAAAACGCGGUAGUGGCCACAUCUGCUUUAUUAGCUCUGUCCAAGGAAAAUUCGCAAUUCCCCAAAGGGCCGCCUAUUCCGCUUCGAAACACGCGAUACAGGCCUUUGCCGAUUCCCUGCGCGCCGAAGUUGCCAGCAAGAACAUAAACGUCUCCUGCGUGAGUCCUGGCUAUAUACGCACACAGCUUUCUUUAAAUGCCUUAACAGGAUCGGGGAGCAGCUAUGGAAAAAUGGACGAAACCACGGCCAAGGGCAUGUCGCCAGAUAAACUAGCAGAACGCAUUCUGCAAUGUAUUCUUCGCAAUGAACCAGAUAUUAUUGUCAGUGAUCUGCAGGCCAAGAUUGCCUAUUAUCUACGUCAUCUUUGUCCAAGUCUCUACUUUUGGAUCAUGGCCAAAAGAGCCUUGAAGUUGGAGAGGGCAGAAAAGAAGUCUACUUAAAUGUAGUACAAUAAGUCGAACGUCCUUAAGUAUUAGUUUCAUUUUUAUUGUUAAUUGAAUUUUGCUUAAAAUGAGGAAAUUAUAAAGUAUCGCAUAUGUGUGUGUUCGGGUUAAAAAUUAGUUACACUCGUGUUAUUGCCUAACGAUAAGAUUAAUAAAUAAAGUAUUGUAGUAAUCGUAACAUAAA